UGUCGUGUUCAGUGCAGUUGCCAAGUAUCUCUUUCGAGAGAUACUAAUACUAUCCGAAACUGAACAUUUCCGAAAUCGUGAUUUUACAAGUUUAUAUUUUGCAAGUACCACCUCUCUGACGAAAUGUUUGUACUGUUAAUAUCGUUUUUAACUUUUGCAACGAAAUGUCAAAGUGCUCCAGUCACCACCGAUUUCAACAAAACUUCGCUUGCGAACAUUGAAACUUUUUUCGAAAAUGCUUUCGGUGACCUAGCUGGAGCGUUAAUAACAAAUCGAGAUCAAAACUCCACGCAACACUAUCAAUCGUCGGACGGUAGCAUUCAUGCCGAUGUUCAACCAUUGCAUUUUUCUCCGUUGGAAUCGAUCACCUUCAGUCCUAAUCAUCAUCAAUUAACCAUUCAGAAUAAGACUGUACUGUUCCACAAUGGCAGUGCCGAAGUAGAACUAGUAAAGGUCAGCUUUGCUACCACAGUAUCCAGUCACAAUGUUUCCGAAAUAAAUACUACCGCAAAGCCAAUACCGACAACAACCGCCGCUUUCGCGAGUGGCGCCCAUGAAGUAAAAAACACUACUAGUGUAGUAACGACGGCUCUUACUGUUAAUAGUAGAAUGAACAAUAGUACCAGUAGUAGUACUGUUCCAGUUGAAAUAGUAACUCCUGAGAGUAAUCCAGCUACAAGGGAAAUAACUACAACGACAGCUGUAAACAUAAAAACUACAGUGCCAGACAAUUCUUUAGAAGAUGAAAUAAAGGAACAAAUUAAAGAGAUAGAGGCCAACCCAGUUAUUCUCUCAGUCAUCGUUUAAUAUUAAUCGUAAAA